ACGAGCAGUUGUUGUUUUCAAGUUAAAAAUCAAAAAAUAUAACAAAAUGGAAAAAAAUGAAAAAAUUAAAGUAACAAAUUCUAACCAAUUUGAAAAACUUGUUGAGGAGUUGCGGAAAAAUCCAUCUCUCGCAAGAGGAUUUAAUCGAGGAAAUGUUCCAAGCAAUUUUAAAGCUCAAUGGGAAGAUAUGGCCAAAGUUUUAAAUGCUCUUGGCCCACCCAGGAGACUUUCCGAUGGAUGGCGAAAGGUAUGGAGAGAUUUAAAAUUUAAAGUUAAAAAAAAAGUGGUAACCAUCAGAAAUGAGUGUAAUGCUACAGAUGGCGGUGGAUUUAAACAGUUGGCACUCACCCCUUUGGAGGAAGAUGUAGCAAAUCUCUUGCAGUUUAAUAAACAUAUAAAUCCCGAAGGUGUUGUGCAAGGUGCCAAAUGCCAGAAUCAGGGCAAUAAUGUUGAGAUCGCAGAAUCAGCAGAAUUUUUGGAAGAAGUGUCUGACGUUAUUGAAUUGGACACAAUAGAUGCCCCCAUUGAACAAGAGAUACCUGGACCUUCAUCGCGAAAUAACGUGGAUUCAGUACCUUCAAGCUCAAAUCCUCAACAAGAAUAUUGUACUUCGAAAAGGAAAAGAACCAGUUCUGUUUCCAAAACUAAAUGCAACUCCAAUGCUCCCAAUGAAUUGCUGGAAAAACAAAGCGAUGAGCAGGCGAAACUUUUGAGAGACAUGUCUAACACGUUGUCGUCUAUAAAAUACAGUCUUUGGGAUUUUAAUAAAUGUCAAAAAAAAAUUACUAUCCAUUGAAGAAAAAAAAUUGAAAAUUUUAGAGGAAAGAGCUAAAAGAGAGGAAGAAUUGCACAAAAGUGAAUUAGAAAUCAGGAGCAUUAAAAUGUUGAUUAAAAAAAAGGAGCUUGAAUAAUAUUUUAGUUUUGAUGAGAAACGAAUUUCUAUAAAAAAAAUGUUAAAUCUACGAUUCAUUAGCGUUAAUAUGAGAUAAAAAAUUAUCAACUAUAUCUAAAAGUUAUAAAACACGCAUCUAUUUAACUUUGAAUCUAUAUAAAAACCAAACUAAAGCGAAUUUUGAAAUUCUGGAGAGAUUUAUCUUGUAAUAUAAUAAAUAUUAUCGAAUUCAGAAGAGUAAAGGUUGAAAAAUAAUUUUUUUUAUCGACAGUUUUCGUUUCGCCCCUAUUCACAAAAUAUAGAAAAUAUUGUUAUAGGUACACAAUAUUUUCUAUAGCAAAUAAUAUUUAAUUUUUUAAUAUGAAAUAUACAUAUACAAUUACAAAUUAGAGUUUAAUAAAUCGAUUUUCGAACAAACGUCUUUUUGUUGAAAGUCAAAAUUGAUUUGUUGGUUCCAAAUAAUCAGCACAGUCGACUUUCGACCAUAACAUAUCAAUCCUUAAUCAUAGACGUUUUUUGAAAAAACACAUAAAUUUUAUUUUUAAAAAAUUUAUUUAUAAAUCUUAUUUUAACAGAAAAUUAGACUAUGAUAAAUAUUUUAGCAUUUAAUCAUUUGUUUUAAAUACAUUUAUGUAUGUUUUUUUAUUUAAGUUUAAGUACAUGUUAAAAAUAACGAAAACAUAUUGUAAAAAAAUUAAUAAAACUAACUAAAGUUAAACUUUA